AUGAUAAUUGAAACAAUUUACAUAUGGAUAAUCUGGUUGAUUUUAAAAAUACCUCAAUUGGAUGUUAAAGAGAAAAUAGAUGCAGAAGUCUAUAAUGAAUUUGCAACUAGUAAUGAAAAAUUCAAAUAUUCUUUAUUCAACUCCCUCUAUUAGAAUUUAGAACCAAAACCAUUACCACGAUUUAAAGUUAUGCAAUCUAUGAAUUAUUUGAUUGUAAAUAAUUCAACCAUUAUUGAAUAUGAUAAAGAAUGUAUGCAUUCAUAGAGUAUGAGAUUUUAGAGUAUAAUAAAUCAACAACGAGGAUCAGAGCAUUUGCCAGCAGAAGAGAAAUCAUACCUACAUGAAAGAGUCAUCAACAUUUCCAAUUGUUCUAUCUCAUACAAACAAUAAUAAAAUAGACUUAAGAGUAGUGAUAUAACAUUGAAAUCUAUAUAAUGCAAAGAUAUGAAAGUGAUUGAUUAAUUCAAUUUCUUAUAGAAAGGGAAAGUCCUUAUACUUGCUUGUAGAAUAAUGGCAUCAAUAAGGUUGCACAUACUCUUUUAAAAGAAUAAUGACACAAAUUUGAUUUAGCUUUACGAAUAACAAAUAUCGCUGAAAGAAUUGACAAAUUUAUUUGUUUUAUAUCAAGCACACUCAUCCGAGAAGUUCAUUUUGAUUAUUAAUGCAAAAUUAUUAUACUUUACAUAGAAUAAAAUUGAAUUUUACAAAAUAGAACAAGUCGAUGAAAUAUAAUUCUCAGAAGACGGCACACAACUUUAUGCAAUGAGAAAAAGCAUUGUUUAUUUUGUCAGAUUAUAAAUUUCGAAAGUGCAAUUGGUUGAAUUGGUUGAUCAAUAGAGCAAAGUCAUCAAUAAUAGACUUUUAGCAUAUAAAUGUUGGAAAUAAGGAGUAUUACUAUUAACUGAUAAGGGAUACUUGAGGUAUCUUGAGGUAGACAUUAAGGAUUAAAUACAUAAAAUUACUAUUUAUGAUGGAUUUGGAGUGAUUAUGAUUAUGUUUGCAUUGGUUUCAAUCAAAGUAAAUUAUUUUUGA